GUUGCCAGAGUCCGAGGUCGCGGGUUCGAGUCCCGGCUCCGACCAUGGCGGCCCCGGCGCGGCGGGCGGUGCUGUUCGACCUUGGCGGCGUUUUGCUCACGCCGGGCCUUCAGCACUUCCUGAGCUCCUGCGAGAGCGAAUGGGCCUUGCCCAGGAAUUUCCUGCGGGACGCGCUGUUCUCCGGCGGAUCCCAGAGCCCGUAUUCCCGAGCCUCGCGCGGCCACAUCACCCUCAGCCAGCUGCUCUCGGAGCUGGAUUCCGGCUGCCGCCGUCGCGCCCAUUCCUUGGGAAUCGCCAUUCCCGAGGGAUUUUCCGCCUCCCGGCCGUUCCAGGAGCUCCGGGAGCGGGCGCGGAUCCAGGGCCGGAUGCUGCGGGCGGCCGGGAUCCUGAGCAGGAACGGAUUCCGGACGUGCAUCCUCACCAAUUCCUUCCUGGACGACUCCGGAUCCGGGAAUUUCCCUCCGGCCGCGCUCCGGAGCCAGUUCCAGCUGCUGCUGGAAUCCUGCCGGAUCGGGAUGAGCAAACCGGAUCCCGGGAUUUACCGCCACGCCCUGGAGCAGCUCCAGGCCCAGCCGCGGGAGGUGAUUUUCCUGGAUGAGCUGGAGGAAAACCUGGAGCCGGCGCGGGAAUUGGGAAUGGCCACGAUCCUGGUCCGGGACACGGAAUCCGCUCUCCGGGAUCUGCAGGAGCUCUCCGGGAUCCAGCUCCUGAGCGCGGAGGAGCCGCUGCCGACCCCCUGCACUCCGGACGGCGUCGCCCACGGAUACGUCUCCAUCCGGCCGGGAGUUGGGCUGCACUUCGCCGAGCUGGGCCAGGGCCCCGCCAUCUGCCUGUGCCACGGAUUCCCGGAAUCCUGGCUCUCCUGGCGCUUCCAGAUCCCGGCCUUGGCCGACGCCGGAUUCCGGGUGAUCGCCCUGGAAAUGAAGGGAUACGGAGAAUCCACGGCUCCGCCGGAUAUCCCGGAAUAUUCCCAGGAGCGGAUCUGCAAGGAUCUCGUGACUUUCCUGGAUAAACUGGGAAUUGCGCGGGUGAUCCUGGUCGGGCACGACUGGGGCGGCGCCGUGGCCUGGAACAUGGCCCUGUUCUACCCAGAGAGGCUCCGAGCCGUGGCCUCGCUGAACACCCCGUACCGCCCGGCCGAUCCCAGCACGGAUAUCAUGGAAAAGCUGGAAUCUCAUCCCGCCUUCGAUUACCAGUUCUACUUCCAGGAGCCGGGAGUGGCGGAGGUGGAGCUGGAGAAGGACGUGGGAAGGACCCUGAAGAUCCUGAUCCGCUCCUCGAGCCGGGAGGUGACGCCGGGAUUGGGAUCGGGAUCGGGA